AGCCCAAGCUCGAACUGUGAGGUCAAGAGGUGCAAGUUGACAGCCUUUUCGAUGGGUUGGGGGUCUUCGUCUGCGUCCUUGUUUACGUUAUCAAACAGCCCACCUUGUGUUCCGAUGCUUGACACGAGGCCUGCCAGGCUGCCCCUCCCCCUCCUUACUCUCGGACCCCUGGCCUUGUCUUUGCUGCAGGUGGACGAAAAGAGGCUUGCUGAUGACAUAGAGUUACCACACAAGGUCAACUUGUUACAGAUGUCCAAAAUCUUGUGGGUCGGAACCAAUGGUAGCUCAGAAUUGGGUCUGCUGAAUGACUUGUGCUCCAGAGGAAGAAAAACUCUUGAAAAAUAUUUCAACACUGGCGACUCUUGUUGGUCCAUCGAGGAUUCUUCUCCAAUUCAUGGUGCCACACUCUCCAGCGAAAAUCACCGGGAAUACGGCAAUACUGUAGCAAGCAUGCAUGGCAUGGCAUGCCAAGGUAUGGAAGGGCGAGUCCUCCGUCCUCCGUACUGCGUACACUAUUCCGUUGAGGGCGACGGCAUUCGAGAGUCGAGCUUGGAUGGAACCACACCUCAAGUGCGCACGGCCGUCAACCUGUCAUGGUCUGCACUGGCGUUGUGUUAUGAUUGCCAUUUGUCGUCGGUUUUGUCGUCGUCGAUGAUGAUGAUAAUGUGGUUGCGAAGGACGCUUAUCGGCUUGUCACGGCUGGACCAGCAACAAGCUGACGGGUGGCUCCUGCCAAAAAGACAACCGGCGAACGGUACGGGCGUUGAGGUACUCCGUACCUUCCAAGUCUCUCCCAUCGUCCCUGCCUUGUCCGUAAAGCCCAGGUCCUCUAGAGGAGUAUGGAUAGAAAAUAAGGAAGGCAAGGCAGGAAAAGGCGAAGACGACUCUGAUGAGAGGGGCAGCCUAGCAUUGACUAUGGAGAAGGACAACUAGGUACUCCAUAGAAUGGCUUAGUCAAGCAAGCCAGGAGCAGGGAACCAGAGACACAAAAAAGAUACUUGCGGGUUCCUCGACGCACAGGCGGCCGCGGUACCUCGACAGAUCGGGCAAGUAUCUUUCUUGUCCCAGUCUUGGCGCUCGUCUGUUCUGACCCUCAGCCAACGAACGCCAACGGACCCCAGCGGCUAAGGCAAGGCAGGGCCACAAUGUAUCUACGGAUAGAUUUCAUCUCAAAGACAAAAUAACCACAGAC